GCAAUAACAGAAUCCAACAUGGCCAAAUGGUUGGGCCUCGACAAAGUUAACAACUUUUUGCAGAUUAUCAAACAUAAUGGAGGCAUCUGGGGCUCGUUGCGUACGCUCUACAGGAUGGACGAGUUGAAGUUUGGCGAUUGCGUCGGCGAGGACAAGUAUGGAAACAAGUACUACGAGAACAACAUGUACUUUGUCGGCCGAAACAGAUGGGUCGUGUACAAUCCGAAAGUCCACCUGAACUACGACGCGUCGCAAGUACCAGCCGAGUGGUUCGGCUGGCUGCAUUACAAGACGGAUUUGUUGCCCCACAGAGACCCGCACAGACCAAAAUACAAGUGGAUGGUCGAACACACGCCGAACCUGUCGGGAACCGAUAAGGCUUACAUGCCCUACAGCACCACGAAGCCAAAGAUCGAAGCCUGGCAGCCGAAGGACUAGAUUGUUGUAUAAUACGCUAAUGAUUACGCUAAAUGAUAUAUAAGUUAUUGGCGCUCUGUCGUCGCGAUAAACUGUAAAUUCAAAGAGUCAAAGAAAUAAAGGUAAGAUUCUCUCAAGCCA